AUGUCUCAAAUGCCCGAACUACCUAAAGCAAAAACCGGUGAUGAAUACGUUCAUAUCCGAUGUCUCAUUGCGAAUAUACAUAAACCGAAAAAUGUGUCUAGGCCCCCGGUGUCAUCAGAAUCGCCUUUGGAGGUGGUUCAAGAAUCACCUCCAUCGUCGGAUACGGAUCGGAGCUGUUCAGUGUCCGAGCUUUCAGAUAGAUCCGAGAACGCUGACGUCACUGAAGUCAAUAUUAUAGAAGGAGGUCCGCCGCCACAACGUGCAAAAAGCAAUAGUUUUGCUGGCGCAAUGCUGGCGCUUCCUUUAGUGCAAAAACGGAGGAGGCCUUCGUUUCUGCAUCUGCAUGUUAAAGGUGAACCGACCACAGGCCCCUUGUCUGCAGGACCUCAUCUCAACGUGCCGCGGUUCACCGUCACGGCGCCGCCAGGAGAACACCGUCGGUUCAGUCAUGGCUUCCCCUUCCAUGGGUUCGCUCUCCGUCGCCAUUCUAACACGAGCCUUCACCGGAGCGAGUCGAUGGUUUCCCUGGCGUGCUUCAAGACUCUAUCUCAGUUGGUGAACAGUGAUGGCAACGAACUACAAAACUAUCUAUCCUCCAACAGGAAUAUCAAUGUCGAUGAUAGAGAUGAGAACGGUACAACGGCGCUUAUGUGUGCUUGUGAGAACGGGCGGGUUUCGGCGGCGCGGCUGCUUCUCGGCGCGGGCGCGGACGCAUGCGCAGCCGACACCGAUGGCUGGACACCUCUCGCCUUCGCAGCUAAGGGAGGACACCUACCAGUCGUACAAGAGCUUGUCGAUGCAGGAGCACGUAUUGAUUCCAGGGAUUGUGGCGGGUGGACACCCCUCAUGUGGGCUUCUUACAAAGGGCACGAAGAAGUAGUAGCAUUGCUUCUAGAAAAAGGGGCUGAUGUCCACGCACAUGGAAACUAUAAUAUCAACUCACUAGUAUGGGCAGCGGGGCGUCGCCACAGCGCGGUGGUGUCGCGGCUGCUGGCGGCGGGCGCGCGCGCCAACUCGUGCGACAAGUACGCCACAUCGGCGCUGACGUGGGCGGCGCGCGCGGGCGACGCGGCGGCGUGCGCCGCGCUCUUGCGGGCCGGCGCCGAUGCUAACAACGCUGGCAUGUACUGCUGGACGCCGUUGCUGCAGGCUACACAUGGUAACCAUUUUGAAAUAGUGCAGAUGUUAUUGGAAUACAAGCCUAACGUAAACGCCUUAGAUAAGGACGGAUGUACAGCCUUAGCGAUCGCUUGCAAGGAAGGCUUUUAUGACAUUGCAUUAGCCUUAAUAAAUUCAGGAGCUUAUAUUAAUGUUCAGGAUCAUUCCAAAGAUACGCCCUUAAUUUAUGCCGUGAAAGGCGGUUAUAAGAAUAUAGUGGAAGCGUUGCUCAAGAAACAUGUGGACGUGGACUUGCCGGGCAAAGAGAAAAAGACCCCCGUCUACACCGCCGUAGAGAAGGGACACGUAGCCAUACUGAAACUUCUAUUAGCUUCCAAUCCAGAUUUGGAACAUUGCACAAAUAGCGGCGACACGGCGCUGCUGCGCGCGGUGCGGGCGCGCAGCGCGGAGCUGGUGGCGCUGCUGCUGGAGCGGCGCGCGCGCGUGGCCGCCGCCGACGCGCGCGGCGACACCGCGCUGCACAUCGCCAUGCGCGCGCGCUCCAAGCAAAUAGUUGAAAUACUGCUACGAAAUCCUAAGAACAGUCAGCUGCUGUACAAGCCGAAUAAAAUGAAGGAAACUCCAUACAAUAUAGACAUGAGUUACAACAAGACGAUACUAGGUCAAAUAUUCGGUGCUAGGAAGUUGAAUACGAAUGAAGAUAACGAGAACAUGCUCGGCUACGAGUUGUACAGCGCCGCCCUCGCCGACAUGCUGUCGGAGCCGAGCCUGUCCGUGCCCAUCACGGUGGGGCUAUACGCCCGCUGGGGCUCGGGGAAAUCCUUCCUGCUCAAUAAACUUAAAGAGGAGAUGAAGAACUUCGCGCGGCAGUGGAGUGAGACAGGGUGGGCGUGGUCGUGGGCGGUGUCGUGGGGCGCGUGGCACGUGGCGCUGGGCGCCGCCGCCGUGGCCGCCGUGGCGGGCGCGCCCGCCUACGUCGCGCUGGCCGUGCUCUUUGCGGUCUUCGCAUCGCUAUACUUGACCUUUUAUGUGCUGUGGUAUCUUGGAAACAAAUACGAGUGGUGGUGGGCGGGCGGCAUGGUGGCGGCGCUGGGGCGGCGCUUCAGCUCGCUGCUGCUGCUGCUGCAGGUGGUGUUCUGCCACCCGCCCGGCCCCGACGACCCGCGCGCCCUACCCGCCACACCUAUCAGGUUCCACUUCACGGAGGGCAUGAAGGGCGGCGCGGGGCAGGAGGGCGAGGCGAUGGUGGUGCAGAUGAUCGGCAGCCUGGCGGAGGCGCUGGAGUGCCAGUACGGCCGCGUGUGCACGCGCCUGGCGCGCGCCUUCCGCCCGCGCCCCGUCGCCUCCACCUCGGGCUGGAAAUGGCGUCGGGCGUGUUGCAUUCCGCAUAUAAUCACAUUUGAGCUAAGCUUCUUGUGCGUGCUGGUCGGCGGCUGCGUGCUCAUCAUAUAUAUCACCGACAAUGAAACCGAUCCAAUGCGGCGCGACGUGCGGCAGGGGCUGGUGGUGGGCGCGUGCGCGGCGGCGGGCGCCGUGCUGCUGGCCAACCUGUACGCGGGCGCGCGUGCGCUGGCCGCGCUGGCAGUGCCGCCGCGCGCGCGCCUCGCGCGCCUGGCGCGCCGCGACCGCGCGCCCGCCGCGCUGCGCCCCGAGGUGCAGGCGCUCACGCACACCGUGUCGUGCCUCGACGCGUUCACGGGGCAACAGACCCGCCUGGUGGUGGUGGUGGACGCGCUGGACAGCUGCGAGCAGGAGAAGGUGCUGGCGCUGCUCAACGCCGUGCACGCGCUCUGCUCCGACCCCAAGAGCCCCUUCAUCCUGCUGCUGGCCAUCGACCCCCACAUCAUCAGCAAGGUUGCUUGGAUGGAGGCAGUAGAAAUCAACAGUCGUCGAGCCUUGUCGGAGAGCAAUAUUGGUGGAUGGGACUAUUUGCGCAAUAUGGUACAGUUGCCUUUCUACCUGCAAAACUCGGCGUUGCGCCGGGUCAAGGUCGCCCAGCAGACUGCGGCUAAAAGAAUUCAAGCCCUAGGAUCUGAUGAUUUUAGCACUUCGUUGCAAAGAUCUGUGUCUGCGCGUCGAUUAUCCUCCACCUCGGAGCUGAUGUCGAGCCAGGAGCGCAUCAAGGGGGGCGCGCGGGGUGAGCGCGCGGAGAGGGGGGAGCGGCGCGGGCUGCGCGCCGACUCAGUCGCGUCGUCGGUGGCGUCGGGGCUGCACCGCGCGCCCGCGCCCGCCGCCGGCGCCGCCGACCUGGGCCGCGUGCUGCUCACGGACGACUACUUCAGCGAUGUCAACCCGCGCAGUAUGAGGAGGCUCAUGAACGUACUGUAUGUCACAGGUCGUCUACUUAAAGCAUUCCAAAUAGAAUUCAACUGGUAUCAACUGGCCUCCUGGGUGAAUCUAACUGAGCAGUGGCCGUUCCGCACGUCUUGGAUUAUUUACCAUCAUGAGACUUAUGAGGAGCAUAUCGACGAUUCUACAUCACUUAAACACAUAUUUGAAAAAGUGAAACCCCUGAUAGGUGGUCUGCGUGAAGCCAGCACGCUGAUGGAGCUGGACCGCGACGAGCGCAAGCUGGAGGUGUUUCUGAGCUUCCACCGCGCCACGCUCACCGCCGCCGACCUCAAGAUAUUCCUGCCCUUCACCAUCAACCUCGAUCCUUACAUCAAGAAAGUUAUUAAAGAAGAGCAAGUGCAAUCUGGCAUGGAGGAGGAAAUAGCUGCGAGCGGAGCUGCGCCCUGGCUUCCAACCAGCAGGCCACCUCAUACCAAGACAUUCCAAAAGAAACCGACGAAAGUUUUGCCUAACCCAGCGGUGCCAGUGUCGAGCGCCGUGGUGGCACCGCCCCUGUGGGCGGGCUGGAGUGCGAACGUGGCGCCCGCCCUGUCCGGGCCGCCCGCCCUACCCGCCUUGUCCGUGCCCUCCUACGCGCAAGCGCAGGAGUUCACGCCCGCAGUGUCGCUCAACCCUGUCGCGUUAUUGCGCACUGCGUUCCCGGCAUUGGGCGAUGUGAGCGGGCUGCGGCUGUCGACGCUGAGCGUGGAGCGCGCGUGCGGCGUGGUGCGCGCGGCGCUGGGCGCGGGCGGGGGCGCGGCGGCCGCGGCGCUGGCGGCGCACCGCGUGUGCGGCCUCGUGCUCGCCGUCUGCCGCCUCGCCGACCUCAAGCCGAUAUUAGAUCUACCAUUUGGUGACUGGGAGCUGUUUAAGAUGCUUAUAAUAAACCUACGUGAGCUUGAAGCGAAUGUCCCCCUCGCCGCGCCCACGCUCACCGUGAUAAGUGAUAAAACUGGCGAAUCAGAGGCAGACGGUAUCAAGCCAAAGGCGGGACUGGAACACCAAAGAUCUCGUCCGUCAAAUGUUGAAAAACAGCCAUUUGCGGAAUAUCAGGUGACACUAGAAGAGCAGAUGAUAUGUGGGGCGCUGCAGACACUAAACGAGGAGGCGUUGGAAGAUGUCCUGCAAUCAGAGCCCUCCGCCCUCCCCGCGCCCUCUGCGCCCUCCGCGCCCUCCGCCAACCACGCCAACCCGCCCCCCGGUGAGGCCCUGCGCACCAUCCGCGAUUACCCCCCGCCCCCCGCUCCCCCCGACAGCCCUAGCACCCCCCGCACCCCCGACACCUCCACCACCCCCUCGCACAGCGACUCCUCGGAAGAAGGGGAGCGACGCCCCGAGCACGUCAUUGUGAACCUCACCGAUGACGGGCGAUCGCGCCGCCCGCGCGGUGCCGCCGCCCUGCGCCUCACUGCCGCCUUGCUUUCAGACGAGCCCCCCGAGCCGCCCCACGGCGAGCGCGCGCCCGUCGUCAGCUUCAGCGUGGAGGACGAGGAGCACGUCACGUUCGCCGCCCGCCCCCGGCCGCGCCGUGCCGCGCGCGCCGCCCCGCGCCCGUCCUCGCUGCGCCUGGACGAGGCGCCGCGUGCCGCGCCCGCCCCCGCGCGCUCGCUCUCCGUGGAGGACUCGUCGCUGUCGCCCGCGCGCCCCGCCGAGCGCCUCGCCUGGCUCAAGGACAAAUUCACGCGCGCGCCGCCCGCCCACGCCGCCCGCCCCGCGCGCCCCUCCAGCGACGACGAGUGCGCGCCGCUGGUGGCGUCCCCCGCGGCGCCGGCGAACGCGGGCGCCGCCGCGCUGGAGUGCGACCUCAGCUACAACGCCGGCACGGAGGGCACGGCCAGCACGGACUUCUCGCCGCGCUCGGAUGCCAGCGACGCGGACUCGCUGCGGGACAGCGUGGAUUUCGACCUGCUGCCGGAGAGCAAGGGCGGGCGCGCCGGCAGCGACGGCUCCUUGUCCAACAUGGUGGAGCCCUACAACCUGCGGCUGCUGGCGCGCGGCUCGCUGUGGCGCCAGGACGCGCUGGACUGCGACCCGCCCUGGCACGAGCCGGACUCAGCCGUG